AUGACGGGCCUCAUGGGCAUAGGUUCAUCAUCUUUAGGUUACGGUGCAUCUUCGGCUCUGACGCAGUCUUUAGUAGGCGCAGCUAACAGUUCUGCUCCAAGCGCUCUUACAGGCGGAGUUGGUUCAUAUUACAGCACUGUAUAUACGUCGGGUGCGCAGCAGACGCAACCGUCAUCGCUGCUGCCGCAGACUCUUACCGCGCAGGCAUCAUCCAUGAACGUUAUGAAACCGCUGGUGAGGAGAUGGAACUUGGUGUUUCGAGAUAUGCUACUGGUCAAAGGUGGAGUUCCAACACCAUGCUCACCCGUACCACCAACAUGGAUGGACGGUUCAUCGGCCCUGUAUGGUGGUUUGGUAGACAAUGCAAAUACGACAUCCUAUUUGGCGAAUCGAUCGAUGAAUAGUAGAAUCAAUCAAAUGGAACUGGAUUCGAGAAUUCUGAACGGAUCUGGACUUGGAGAACCACAAGUUGAUAUGUUGGAUAUUCCAGGCAAAGGUCGAUGUUGCGUUUACAUAGCUAGAUUUUCAUACGAUCCACCAGAUGUUGAGGGUGCAGAAGGCGAGUUGGCGCUGUGUGCUGGAGAUUAUCUUUUGGUCUGGGGUCAUGGUGAACCUACUGGAGGAUACCUUGAUGGAGAAUUAUUAGAUGGCAGACGAGGACUUGUACCGGCACACUUUGUGCAGAGAUUAAUAGGUGACGACUUACUAGAAUUCCACCAAGCAGUAGUUUCGACCCUGCGCGAAGCAGAUGACGCCCCAUGCGAACCUGCUCCUCUGCCUCCUUUGCCGCCACUUUCACAAUGUCCACCACUGCCAAGUGCUGGACUUGGCACCUCAGUGGUCCCUCAACUGCCGCCUUGCGAUAUUACAGGAAGACAUCCAGUCGCCGGGCUGGACCAGACGCACAUGCCUACCGACCCUGCUGCAUCAGGAGCUCAAGAUCAGGACGAACUAGAUACAGCGUCAACGGCGCGCCAUGUUCACGACGAUGCAUCAUCAUGCACUGACGUGAUGUUCUCGGUGCUAGUGCCUGCUCCUCGACACCUAACACUGGAGCGGCAGCUGAACAAGAGCGUCCUGAUCGGAUGGAGCGCACCAGAUCCACCAGGAUCCGCGCAGGUCGACAGCUACCACGUGUACGUGGACGGCGUGCUCAAGGUCACGGUGAAGGCGAGCGAGAGGACCAGGGCGCUGGUGGAAGGAGUCGAUAGUAAUAGACCGCAUCGAAUAAGUGUCCGUUCAGUGACCGUCAAUCGGCGAACAUCACGCGAUGCCGCUUGUACUAUGGUAAUAGGGCGGGAUACUGCCCAUUUGGGACCCAGCAGCGUGCGUGCCCACCACGUUACUUGUUCACAGGCUGUAAUAACAUGGCUACCCGCAAACUCAAACCAUCAGCACGUGGUAUGCGUGAAUAAUGUAGAAGUACGUACUUUGAAACCCGGAGUUUAUAGGCAUACAAUCACAGGUCUCUCACCAAGUACACAAUAUCGGGUCACUGUACGAGCAAAACAUUUACGAGCACCAGGUCAAGGACCACCACCUGCGCCUCCACCAGAAGAAGCUCCUGGAGCUUAUACAGACUUUAGGACGCUUGCUAAAGGGCUGCCAGACCCACCUCAAGAUAUUCUCGUGGAAGCUGGUCCACAGGAUGGUACAUUGUUAGUUACAUGGCAACCUGUAACACGUCCGCCGUCUUCCGGACCAGUGACUGGUUAUGCAGUUUAUGCUGAUGGCAAAAAAGUUACCGAUGUAGAUUCACCUACUGGAGACCAUGCUCUGAUAGAUAUCGGUAAAUUGAUGGGUCUGAAUCCGAGAGCUGUUACUGUUAGAACCAAAUCUCGCGAUAGCCAAUCUGCUGAUAGCACACCUACGCCUAUACCAGGUGUAGUACGAGCAAGUGCAGCAAACAGAGCACAAAGGGCGCCACAUUCUGGAAUGCCUCCUCAUAUGCGCCAACACCAGCAGCAACAGCAACAGCGUACUGGUAUGCAGCAACAUCAACAGCAGCAAGUUAUUGAACAUGACGAGAACCUCAGCGAUAAAGAAAUUUUUCCGAUGCAUCAGCAACACGGUUCAUCAAUACCUGCCAUCGAGAUCACAAAAGAAGCCAUGAUGCACGGUCAACAGGGACUGGACCAGCCUUAUUCGGAAGAUGAUUAUCAGGAUCCUAGAAGAAGAGGUGGCCAAACACAACAGCAGUCUGGACAAUACCAAAAUCCGCCUCCAAGAAAUCACACGGAACGUGGAAGGCCUCCUAAUCCCACAUCAGGUAAUCAGCCAGGCAACACUGCGCAAACUGGUUAUUAUGGACAAACUGCGGUUGGACGCCAAGCAACAAACACUAGGCCACAACAAGGAAGAGGAAUGCAACAAGGAGCUGCCAAUAAACGCCCCAGAUGGUUUGUUGCAUUAUUCGAUUAUGAUCCAACAACGAUGAGUCCUAAUCCUGACGCAUGUGAUGAGGAACUGCCAUUUAGUGAAGGUGAAACUAUAAAGGUUUGGGGCGACAAAGAUGCUGACGGAUUCUAUUGGGGAGAAGCUAGAGGUCGAGCCGGUUUUGUUCCGCACAAUAUGGUAGCAGAGGUAGAAGAAGGUUCAAUGGCCGCUUUGGGAGCUGCUGGAGUUGGUUCUUCUGGUGUAGUCCAGAGUGGCACAACCGGUUCAGGACCUGCCCAGGUUGGCACGGGGACUAAUGUCCGAGGUGUACCACGUGAUCGUUGGGGAGAUAUAUAUGCAAACGUGCCAGUUAAACGCAUGGUUGCUAUGUAUGACUACGAUCCUCAAGAGCUGAGUCCAAACGUUGAUGCCGUGCAGGUGGAGUUAAGUUUCCAAACUGGUGCCGUUAUCUUGGUGUAUGGUGAUAUGGAUGAAGAUGGUUUUUACAUGGGAGAAUUGGAUGGACAUCGUGGUCUGGUACCAUCCAACUUUUUGACAGAAGCGGCAGAUCAGUAUGGCACCCAACUUGGUCAACAACAACAACAAGGAAAUCCGGGAUCAACACGGCAGACGCGCGGUCUGGGGCCCGGAGCCCGCGGACCGCCGCCUCCGCCGCGGGACAACAUGAAUGCACCGCGAACGCCCGGAGCUACACGUAAAGAUGCCUGCCCCACCACUCCUCCCGUAACACAGUUAGAGAACAACUCUAGUUCAACCGCCGGCUCUGACUUCCAACAGAGACAGAGAGGCGGUCUCAUGCAGAGAGGUGGUAAUACCACGCAGCAGACUAACCAGCAGCAACAGCCUGCGCAGCAAUCGACGUCGAUAUUCAGCGCUGCUUCCAACUUAUUUGGAGGCGGAUCUUCUAGCAACCAACAGCAAAACCAACAAACCAUGCAACAGCAACAGAAUCAACAAUCGAAUACCCAACAGUCAACAAUGGGAGGAUUAUUUGGAUCCAGUAGUACCGGUGGCAUGUUCGGUAGUAGUCAACAGACGAAUCAACAGAGGCACAAAGGACCCCCCGUUAUACCUACGGGUAUGGGCGCUGGUCCUAUGGGAGGUCAACAAAUGGGUCAAAGUACUCAACAAGGUUUCGGUAUGGGUGCGAAUCAUCAGCAACAGCAACAAAUGGGCGGUGCGAACCAGCAACCAGGAGGUCCGAAUCUAAUGCAAAAGUUUACAGAAAUUACAGCACCUGGCGGUGAUAUAUUAUCAAAGGGCAAAGAGUUGAUUUUUAUGAAAUUCGGUCUCGGAGGUAAAUAA